AUGUGGCUCCCGGCAGAGCGGAGGACGCCUUCCACGAGGACACCUUCCACAACGGGCUCUUCAACCCCCAAAGGCGAAGCGCCGCGAAGGAUCUUGAUCGUCGGCGCGGGAAUCGCCGGCAUCGCCUCGGCGUUGUCCAUCUCCCAGGAGCUGGGCCCCUACGUCCCAGACCUCCAAAUUACUAUCUACGAGCGCAACGAUGUGCUCUCCACCUCGGGUGGUGCCAUCAACCUGACCCCAGUGGCCCAGCGACACCUCGACCGGCUCGGCGUCCUAGAUGAGCUCAAUCGCCAAGGCUCCGCAGGCGGCGCCGAUGUCGACUGCAUCGAGCUGUUCUCGAGCCGGUCCGGUCGAUCACUGGGCGCGAUCGACUUCACAGACCGGCGCGGGAACAGCUUCGGCGGCUACAAAGGCCGACGCGUGAUGCGCAUUGUGCUGUCACUCGCUAUGCUCUCGGUGGUCGAACGCACUAAGAACAUCAGCAUCGAGUUCGGCAAGAAAUUGGUGCGCGGCGAGAAUUUGGAAGACGGUGGCAAACUGCACUUCGAAGACGGCACGACCGCACAGGGCGACCUCGUGCUGGGCUGCGACGGAGUGCACUCAGCGACACGCACCCGCUGGGUGGCGCCUGACUGUCAUUCACAAUACACGGGCAUCUCCUUCCUCCAGAGCAUCGUCGACACCGACGCUCUGCAGUCGAAGGUCCACUUCAACGCUUCAGCCAUGAACAUCUCACGCCACGGCUCCCUCCUCACCAGCUACUGCGACCGCGAUCGUGAACAGAUCUUCCUAGCCGCGAUCGUGCAGUUUGACGAGCAGCUGCUCUCCGACUACCGUCUCGACAACGGGCAGGACUGGCACACCCGCUCCGCCAUCAAGCGCGCUCUAGCCGAGGAGAUGCGCAUCCGCUUCGGCAAGUCUGCUCUGCCCUGCAUCCGCGAGCUGGCCUGCACCCACGCCGACUGGAUCCUGUAUCCGGUAUACCAGGUACCACCGAAUGGGAAGUGGCAUACCGACCGGGCUAUACUGCUUGGGGACGCCGCACACGCCAUGCCUCCACGCGACGAAUCCGCCGCCUACGCCCUCGAUGACGCCAUCCUCUUCUCCCGCACACUCGCCCGCCACCGAUACGAGCAUCCGCGCGCCGCCUUCCGGGCAUACGAGUCAUUACGACGCGACACAGUACAGAGCGCCUUCAAAGCAUCACGACGCAUGUGGGACAAAAACCGCGACAUGGGCAUGCUGGAGGGUCGACUGAAGGAGUGGACGCUGCCGUUCCAUCUCCGGCACUCGCGGGACGAGCGCCAGGCGGCAUGGGAGUAUGACGCUUCGGCGAUUAAGAUCCCUGAUGGGGAGGGAACGAGUGCGUCCUCUUCUGGUGAUGAGGUGUAUUCACCUACUGGGGAGAGGCUGUAUACUGUGGAGAAGGAGUUGAAAAGGAUGGGUAUUUAA